AGCUGUGUUUGCGACGGCGGGUGACGGCGGUGACGGCUGAGAGCUAUUCCCGAGGGACCAAAGAGACCAGACCGGAGGCUAGAGCGGCGGCGGCGGGGGAGCAUGGAGGCCGAGGCGUCGGCAACGCGAACCCGUCCAGCCAGAGGGCUUCCUCAGAAGAACAAGGCUGGGCAGACCCCGGGACCCCAGCAGGUCAGCCGAAUGGUUAAGCUGUUUGGCUUUGAAUGGUCCCACGUGUCGAGCUGGCAGAGGCUGGUGACCCUCCUGAAUCGACCAACUGACCCUGCAAGCCUUGGAGUCUUCCGGUUCCUCUUUGGGCUGCUGAUGGUGCUGGACAUUCCCCAGGAGCGAGGUCUUAGCUUCUUGGACCACAGAUACCUGGACGGGCUUGAGGUGUGCCGCUUUCCCUUGAUAGAUGCUCUGCGUCCACUGCCGCUUGACUGGAUGUACCUGGUCUACACCAUCAUGUUUCUGGGGGCACUGGGCAUGAUGCUGGGGCUGUGGUACCGCCUGAGCUGCCUACUGUUCCUGCUGCCCUACUGGUACGUGUUUCUGCUGGACAAGACCUCGUGGAACAACCAUUCCUACCUGUAUGGACUGUUGGCUUUCCAGCUGUCCUUCAUGGAUGCCAACCGCUACUGGUCGCUGGAUGGCUUCAGAAAUCCCUCUAAGAGGAACGCCCACGUUCCACUUUGGAACUACACAGUGCUGCGUGGACAGAUAUUCAUUGUGUAUUUCAUUGCGGGAGUGAAAAAGCUCGACGCAGACUGGAUUGGAGGCUAUUCCAUGGGCUCCCUGUCCCGACACUGGCUCUUCGACCCCUUCAAGCUGGUGCUCUCCGAGGGAAUGACCAGCCUGCUUGUGGUCCAUUGGUGUGGGCUGCUGUUAGACCUCUUGGCCGGCUUCCUGCUCUUUUUUGAUGCUUCAAGAUCCAUUGGCCUUCUGUUUGUCUCCUACUUCCACUGUAUGAAUUCCCAGCUCUUCAGCAUUGGUAUGUUCCCCUUCGUCAUGUUAGCCAGCAGCCCCCUCUUCUGCUCCCCCGACUGGCCUCGGAGAUGGGUGUCCUGCUGUCCUCGGUGGCUCCGAGGCCUGCUGCCAAGCACAGCUGACGCCCAGCCCAGUUUGUCCUGCAUCUAUAAGAGAGGCCGAGCCAAAGGCAGCUCCCGGGCCCGGUUGCGGCAUCGGCUGGGAGCUGUCUUCACGCUGCUCUAUCUGCUGGAGCAGCUCUUCCUGCCCUACUCCCACUUUAUUACCCAGGGUUACAACAACUGGACCAAUGGCCUCUAUGGCUACUCCUGGGACAUGAUGGUGCACUCUCGCUCCCACCAGCACGUCAAGAUCACCUAUAGAGAUGGCCGCACUGGGGAAUUAGGCUACCUUAAUCCUGGGGUGUUCACACAGAGUCGCCGAUGGAAGGACCACGCGGACAUGCUGAAACAGUAUGCCCUGUGCCUGAAUCGCCUGCUGCCCAGCUACAACGUCUCCGAGCCCCAGAUCUACUUCGACGUCUGGGUCUCCAUCAAUGACCGCUUCCAGCAGAGGCUUUUUGACCCUCGAGUGGACAUUGUGCAAGCUGCCUGGUCUCCCUUCCGCCCAACGCCCUGGCUGCAGCCCUUGUUGCUGGAUUUAUCUCCCUGGAGGGAGAAGUUUCAGGAGAUCGAGAGCACCCUGGACAACCACACUGAGGUGGUCUUCAUUGCUGACUUCCCUGGGUUACACCUGGAGAAUUUUGUGAGUGAAGACUUGGGCAAUACUAGCAUCGAGCUCCUGCGGGGGCAAGUGACCGUAGAGCUGGUGGCGGAGCAGAGGAAUCUCUCCCUUCAGGAAGGGGACAGAGUCCAGUUGCCGGCUGGUGAAUAUCACAAGGUGCACACGAUGUCCCAGAGUCCGUCUUGUUACAUGUACAUCUUUGUCAACACCACAGAGCUGGCGUUGGAGCGAGACUUGGCUCGGUUACAGGAACUCAAGGAGAAAGUAGAGAAUGGGAGUGAAUCUGGACCACUGCCUCCAGAGCUUCGCCCCUUGCUGGAGGGGGAAGUGAAAGGUGGACCCGAGUUAACUCCUCUGGUCCAGACCUUCUUGCGUAGACAACAGCGUCUCCAGGAAAUCCAGAGGCGGCGCAGUUCCCCUUUUUAUGAAAGGCUAUCCCGCUUCCUGCUUCGCAAACUCUACAUCUUCCGCCGAAGCUUCCUGAUGACCUGUAUCUCUCUUCGAAAUCUGAUCCUGGGUCGCCCCUCCUUGGAACAGCUGGCCCAGGAAGUGACCUAUGCAAACCUGCGACCCUUUGAGUCACCAGCAGAAUCCACCCCUGCAACGUCUGAUGCCUUGGAUACUAAUGCUGAUCCUACUGAGUCGAGCCAUACACCCAUACGCUCAGAACUCUGAGUUGUCACGGCCCCUGGGUUUUGAUGAGGACCAAUCACAGAACAAUUUACACACUCAAGAGAAAUUUGUAUAGGAUAAUUUUUCCAAGUCAUUUUUUUUUUAAAACUCUCUUGCCCAUGCCGAUUUAUUCAAAUUAGAUAGCACGGAUGGUAACUCAGACGGCUCCAGGCAGUCUCUAUGUGCCACUAAUCUGCCAUUCCUUCUCAGUGGAGGGUUCUAGAAGUUUGGUGAGGAGACUAAUGUGUUACUGAUUAUUUUUCUCCUGUUCUGCUUCAUAGGACGGGUUCAGAAAGCAGCAGUGUUAAGACAGCUCUAUUGGCAGUUGGAGCCAAUCUUCAACCCACUGAACUCACCUGUCUCUGUCUCAUGUUUUCCCAGGGGUCCCGGGGUGGCUCUAGAAAGGCCUGACCCUGACCCAGUCAGUGACAUCAACGGCUGAAGCCUGUCUUCUCUAGUGCCCAGUAGAAGAGCCUUAUCCCAACUGCAGGAAGUAACUUCUCACUGUCUUUACUAAUUUUAGAGGUAUCCCACAGGCUGACAUUCUUCCCCAUACCAACCAGAUAAUCUGGAGAUGGGGAAGGUUUUAAAAGUCCUACAUCAGCACCCCACUUCUUGCAUUAACUGAUCCCUUUAUAUUGGGGAAGUGAGGAUAUGAGAAGCUGUAUCAUAAAGGUCCCUACACCACAGUCUAACUUUAAACCAGUAAUUUGGCUUAAUCACAUCACCUGGAUCACCUAUACCUGUGUCUGUGGCACUCGAAGGUGGUCUGGUGCAUUUUAGCUCCCAAUUUUAAGUGAACAGGAAUUUAUAAACACCUGUCUCCCUACCAGUAUAUCUGUUGCACACUGGGGAUACAAAGCCAAAAACCCCAUCCUGUCCCUCAAGAAAUUUAGGUUCUGUCCAGGGAAGUCUACAGAAUGAACAAAGAAAAUUAGAGCAGACGUCAAUCCUCCCUUCUUUGCACAAGAUUUUGGGAUUCACUGCAGACAAGCCCAGCAGGAACCUUAUUGCCUUCCUCUCUAAGAGGCACCUGAAUUGUUUAGUUGAGCUUCGAGAAAAGGGGCCAGCACGGAAUAUUGCUAGAAAGCAGUUAAAAUACCUAGCACUUGGGAGGAAUGGAAAUCAAGUUGUGCUUCCCAGUAAUCUGAACCACUGCCUCUCCACGGCCUUUGCUUGCGGAUUGGAUGAGGCCCUGACAGGUAUUGUUUCUCUAUCUAGAGACAGCUAGGAGGUGCCCUGGAUAGAGUUGGGUCUGGAGUCAGAACAGCCAAGUUCAAAGCCAGCUUAGAGCCUUGCUAGCAGUGUGACUGGGCAAGUUACAACUGCCAUCUGCCAGUGCCCUCAGCUGAAAAAUGGGGAAAAAACCUACAUCCUGGACUUGUGAGGAUAUUUUGUAAAGCGCAUAGCAAGCACAGAGCCUGGUACAUAGUAAGUACUAUAUAAAUUUGAUUAUUUCCUCUUAUCAUUUUCCCCAGGAAUGUAGUGCCCCAACCAGUGUAUCAACAUCAGAAUUUAUCAGAGAACUCUCAGCAAUCCAGCACUCACUGUCCACUGCAACAUCCCUGCCCCAUCAGAAACAUUAGUCCUUUGUAAAAGUCUGAACUUUCUUGCCCUUAACAAAAAGCAGACCUGGGGUCUUAAAUGCAUGUCUUCCCCAGUAUGGCCAAGCAGAUGUGCAGUAAAAUUUAGGGAUAAAUAGAA